AUGUGUGAGUAUGUGCUGUAAUGUGUGUGUAUGUGUGUGUGUGUGUGUUUAGAGUCAAACGCUGCGCUGGAGUGCAGGAGACGUCUUACCGGUGCAAGGAUUUCCCUGUUUGCUCUCAGAACGGACACGUGCUGACAGUGUUUUAACCACCACAGGGAAUUAACGGUUACACACACACACAGGUGUGGAGCACAAGUAAAGGGCGGACUGACACCACCGUUUGAGGAUGUGUGCAGGAUCGUGCAGUCGGUGAAAGGCGACACCACAGUGAGGUGGGGAUGCUGGUGAUGCGGCUGCUUAACCACAGUUGAAUCAUGGGAAACGUGGAGAGUCAGAAUGGGGACAGUGGUUUCUAUGGCGAUGUGACGGGACAACUCUCCCGUAAGCACACGUCCCGCUCACUCCGUCUCUCCAGCAAGCAGCCGAUCACCCGCCGCUCCCGCCACUCUUCUUCAGUGAAACAGGAACACAGGAACUCUGAAGCCUCAACCCGCUCCUCCAGCACGCCGAGCAUCCCACAGUCGUUAGCAGAGAACGGACUGGAACCUUUCAACGCAACAGAUGCGUUCGGGGAGUUUGGCAUCAACCCUCACUGGACACAGCGCGUCGCUAUGACAAUGAGGCCAGAGUCCUACCAGCAGGAUGAUGACCCCUUGGCCACGCCAACUCCCGAAACCUCAGAGGCGGACACUGUUGCUCAGGAUGGAGGAGAGGACUCCAUGGGGGAGGGGGAGGGAGACGCUGUUGGAGAGGAAAGGUACCUCCAGCGGAUGACUGAGGGCCCCCGGGAGGGAGGGAGCUUUAAAAAGAAGCGGUCGAAGUCGGCGGACAUGUGGAGAGAAGACAGCCUGGAGUUCUCUCUGUCUGACCUGAGUCAGGAGCAUCUGACCAGCACGGAGGAGAUGGUGGAUGGAGGAGAAGAAGAGGAGGAGGAACAGUUCACACGGCCCAGUGCAGGUGAGGAUGGCUCAGCUGAAAGGGCAUCGUCUCUGGACCAUCUGUGCAGCCAGCAGAGCCCUGGCCUCAGGGGGCAGAGGAGCCGCUACGCUAAAAACCGGAGAGAGGCUGAGUGUGAUGGAGAUGGAGAAGGGGAGGAGGGGUUGAUGUCUCCGACUGAGGAGGAUGGCGGCGGGUAUGGAGCGUUCACGCUCCCUUGCCGACGGUCCCACUGCCUGUCUGAGGGCUUGGCAGGGCUCGGCAUCCCAGCUGCACCGUGCCCGGCUUUCCAGGGACGCCGCGCACAAACUACUCAGGACAUCUCGGGUGUUUUGGGCGAGGGAAGUGAGUAUGGUGACAGUGGCAUUGACGGCGUCACCGCGGAGAUAGACGGGGACGGAGAGUUGGUGUCACGGCGCUGUAAGGCCAUGUCGGCCUCCUUCUCGGUGUACUCGGCAACUGAGAGCAGUGUUUUCAACGGCAGCGACAGUGGAAGCAGCAGCGCAGGAGGAGGAGAAGGAAGAGGUGGCGAAGGAGGAAGGGGAGGAGUGUAUGAGAAUUUCCGAAAGGAGCUGGACAAUCAAGCCUGGACACAUCAGGGUCGGGACUGCACGGAGGAGGCUGGCUCCGCUGUGAGUGAUGAGCAGAGCAGCGGCACGCUCAGUAGUGCGUAUCCGUCGGACACUCUGAUCGGCUGCGCACAAGGCACAGUCAGGAAAGCGGGGGCUCUGGCUGUGAAGAACUUCCUGGUUCAUAAGAAAAACAAGAAGGUGGAACCUGCAACGAGGCGCAAGUGGAAACACUACUGGGUUUCUCUGAAAGGCUGCACCCUUUUCCUGUACGAGUCAGACUGUCGUUCGGGUAUCGACCAUAACAGCGUUCCUAAGCACGCGCUGUGGGUGGAGAACAGCAUCGUUCAGGCCGUACCUGAACACCCCAAGAAAGACUUUGUCUUCUGCCUCAGCAACUCAGUGGGAGACGCGUUCCUCUUCCAGACGUCAGGUCAGACAGAACUGGAGAACUGGAUCACGGCGAUCCACUCUGCAUGCGCCGCUGCUCUCGCUCGGCAGCACCACAGGGAGGACACGGUGCGGCUGCUGCGAACCGAGAUCCGCAAGCUGGAGCAGAAGAUCGACAUGGACGAGAAGAUGAAGAAGAUGGGAGACAUGCAGCUGUCCACCGUCACCGACGGCAAGAAGAGGAAGACCAUAUUGGAGCAGAUCUUUUUGUGGGAGCAGAACUUGGAGCGGUUUCACAUGGAUCUGUUCCGCUGUCGGUGCUACCUGGCCAGUCUACAAGGCGGCGAGCCCCCAAACCCCAAACGCCUGCUGGGCUUUGCUUCGCGUCCGACCAAGCUGGCCAUGGGACGACUGGGCAUCUUCUCAGUUUCUUCCUUUCAUGCGCUGGUGUCGGCCCGUACUGAAAGCAGCAUCAGGAGGCGAAGCCAGGCCAUGCCUCGUACCUUCAGCAAACGCCGAAGCCGUUUCUCCUCCCUCUGGGGGCUGGACACCGCCUCUAAGAGGAAGACCAAGGGACACCCCUCCAUUAACCAGGUAUUCGUUGAUGGGAUGGAGCCUGUGAGGAAGCCUUUGGAGCUCAUGUUUGAAGACUCUGCCAGUGAGAAAUCUAAGGAGAGAGAGAGCUCUGAGAAAAGUCUUCCUCAGCAGAACGUAGACACCGACAUUUGGGUCCCCGAUUACCUGACUCCGUCCUGGGUGUGUCUGCCGAACAAUCAGCCCGUCCUGGCCAUCAUACAGCCUGGGGAGACGGCGCUGGAAGUCCUGAGCGCCGUCUGCAAGACGCACAAGAUAGACCCAUCCAGCCACUACCUGCGUUUGAAAGUGUGGGUUGAAAACCAGAUGCUCUUCUUUGUUCCCAAACUUGAAGACGACAUCUCCGAUCUGCUCUACAAAGAGAUUGAGAUUUGCCCCAAAGUGACCAAGGUGAUCCAGUUUGACAACGCCGAGUCCUGCGCCAUCGGAUAUGGUUUUUCUGUGGCUGUUAUAGAUGAGGAUGGAACGCAGCAGUUGCAUAUUACUGAAGUGAAAGCGGGGGGACUGGCUGCAGCUAAAGGUUUGAAAGCAGGAGAUGAGAUCCUGUUGCUGAAUGGUAAACCUGCAUCUGCCCUCCAAAUGGAUGAUAUGAGGGCUGCAUUUGUAAACCAAGCGCUGACCGUGAGCAUCAGCACCCUGCCCCAGCUGGACCCUCGGGUGCUGUGCUCCCAGCCACGGCGGCGCUCCGAUGCAGAGCAGGACCCAGCCACAGACAUCUUCUCCCAGAGCCAGGAGGACAUCCUGGAUGAGGUGUCAGGGUUGACAGUGGAGAGCCCAGAUGAGAGUUUGGAGGAAGGGCCUCGGCUGACCCCGCAGAGCCCCGGAGAUCCUCAGGAAGACAAAACCUGCACAGGGACUGGACAGAAGAGCACGGAGCAGGUCACUGCUUUCUGCCGCAGUCUCCAUGACAUGAAUCCCCUGGAGUGCCCUAUGUCAUGCUCUUCAUCGUCGUCUUCAUCAUCCCUCUCGCCGAGCCCCGUGUCAGCUUUGCCGCCCACAGCAGGAACUGCCACUCAGAGGCAGCUCUCCCACGCGGACAAGCUUCGCAAGGUCAUCAAUGAACUUGUAGACACAGAGAAGACUUACGUCAAAGACCUGAGCUGCCUGAUAGAAUGCUACUUGACACCUUUGCAGAAGGAGAGCUUCCUUACACAGGAUGAGCUGGACGUUUUGUUCGGUAACCUCGCGGAGAUGGUGGAGUUCCAGGUGGAGUUUCUCCGGACACUGGAAGAUGGAAUCAGACUGGUGCCAGAUCUGGACAGACUGGAAAGGGUGGAGCAAUUUAAGAAAGUGCUGUUCUCCUUGGGUGGUUCAUUUCUGUAUUAUGCCGAUCGCUUCAAGAUCUACAGCGCCUUCUGCGCCAGUCACACCAAGGUGCCAAAGGUCCUGGCUAAAGCAAAGACCGACCCAGAUUUCAAGGCUUUCCUGGCUGAGAGGAACCCCAGACAGCAACAUUCAUCCACUCUGGAGUCUUACCUAAUCAAACCCAUCCAGAGGGUCCUGAAGUACCCGCUGCUGCUGAAGGAACUCUAUUCUCUCACUGACCCGGACAGUGAGGAGCACUACCACCUGGAUGUUGCAAUGAAGGCCAUGAACAAGGUUGCGAGCCACAUCAACGAGAUGCAAAAGCUUCACGAGGAGUACGGAGCUGUUUUCGACCAGCUCAUCAAUGAACAGACCGCAGAUAAAAAAGAGGUGGCUGACCUCUCAAUGGGGGAUCUUUUGCUACAUUCUACAGUGGUGUGGAUCAACCCGCCAGCCUCACUGGUCAAGAGCAAAAAGGACCCAGAUUUGGCUGCUUUUGUGUUCAAAACGGCAGUUGUAUUUGUCUACAAAGACUGCUCCAAGCACAGGAAAAAAAUGGGUGGAUCUCACCGUGCGUCUGUGAGCGACGACAAGGAUCCUUUCCGUUUCCGUCACAUGAUCGCGACAGACUCUCUGCAAGUCCGUGCCCUUGCAAACUCGGAGGGUACAGCAGUCUGUGAGAUAGUUCACACAAGAUCCGAAUCUGAAGGAAGACCAGAGAGAACCUUCCAGUUGUGCUGCAGUUCUCCAGAUAGUAAGAAGGACUUCCUGAAAGCAGUCCACUCCAUCCUUAGGGAGAAGCAGCGCCGCCAGCUUCUUAAGACCGAGUCUCUCCCGCCCAACCAGCAGUAUGUCCCGUUCGGGGGCAAACGCCUGUGUGCCCUCAAAGGAGCACGGCCCGCCAUGAACAGAGCAGCUUCGGCUCCAUCUCGAACGCUAGCCCGCAGGAAGCUGGUGAGGAACCGCUUCACCAUCGAUACAGACCUGGUUUUCCAUGGCAACAACAACAACAGCAACGAUUCCGACCCCUCCUACCCUUCGUCCUGCUCGCCUCUGUUCCAGCACGCCCUCCUCCAACCCCACAAACCUCAAGGAGAGGACACAGACCGAUGGGUGGAAGAGCAGUUUGACCUCGGUUGCUACGAAGACCAGGGCGAGGGCAUCGGCGUGGGGCAGGUGAAGGAGACGGACAUUUUAAGUGACGAUGACGAGUACUGCAAGUCUGUCCGAGCUGCGUCGGCAGAACCGGCCGACCUGGAGGGGAAGAUGGAGGGACUCGACCUAGAGGGCGGAGAGGUGAGGAGCCACAACCUGAACGGACAGGUAGACACUCGAGGUGAGAUCGCACAGAGUCUGACACAGGAGGAAGUUGAUCGGAUAAAGCACGGUGAUGGUUCAGGCGUGGUAGACUCCUUCACCGCCUGUGGUGUCUCUCUGUCCCGCUGUGUGACCCCGACUCUAAAGCUUGCUCCGUUGAAGCAGUGUGCUGCGGAGGAGGCCACAAACAACGACCAUGACGUCGUCUGGGUGCGACGGGACGACUAUGCUAACGGGUGCAACAGUGACGUCUUCUGAAAUAAUAAUAAUAAUAAUAAUAAUGAUAGACAACAAGAUGAAGAAAGGAGACGAAUGGCGGUUUCUUCCACUUAAGAAGUGCGAGAAAAUGGGGGAUAGAAUGGAUACAAGCUUUAAAUUUAUAGAAGGAGAACACUUGUAUAGAAGGUAUUAAACCUCAGCCAGUUCUCCCUGUGUGACAACACAUCCCUCUUCUUCCCACCUCACCUGCAUCUCCCCUAUUCAAACAAUCCUAAAGUACCGAAACACCGAGUGAGUAAAGAACAAAAAAAAAGACCUACUCGGCUUCAUUUGAGGAA